AUGGAGCUCCAGCUUUCUCAACCAAAUGCAUUUACUCAAUUGUACGGGUGGAAAGAUGAUUGUAGCCAAAAAGCCUUAGAAGCUGUGAUACCACAGUGUACACGAGGGGUGGAGAAUAUAUCACCAGAGCAGCAAAAGCUAGUUGCAAUGGAACUUUCUAUAUGUGAAUUUGAAAAUAAUGGUAUACAAUACCCACUUGAGUGCUAUGAGGAAGUAAGAAAGAUCCAAAUAGGCGGAUGUAUCAGAGCAUUGGAAAAAUCCCCUCAAUUCUGGACUAGUUUCAGCGGUAACUAUAGAAACGUAAAAGAAGUUUGUCACCAGGUAAGCCUACCGUACGAAAAGUCCCAGAUUAUUGAAGUUUAUGAGAAUGUAACUGCAAUUUACCAAUCCUUGGUGCGUGACUUGAAAGCAUCGCAUAGUCAUAGCGAACAAGUGCAAGACCAGCUAGAGAAAAAGUUUGCAGAGAUAUUUCUGGUUAUCGAUAGCCUCUUGAUGGAUAAUAUGAUGAGAAAGGAAGAGAUGAAUUCAACUUUUCUGCAGUUUCAUGAAAACUUUGAAGCUACCAUGAACAAUGCCUUGGUUAUCAUCACAAACUCGUACCAAGGCGUUAAUACAAACAUUCAAGAGAUGGAACUGCAUUUAAACUAUUUUACUCUGGAAUUGCGAGACAUCACAAGUUUACUACUGCAACAAAGAAACGAAUUGAACCUGCAACAAGAAGCUUUGAUAAAAAAUAAUCAGCAUUUGUUGUUUCAGCAAAACGAGCUCGUUGCUAUGGCCAAAAUCCAUGCACAAGACAUUCAUCACCUGACUCAACAACAUGCGCUCUCGCUACAUAAGCAGUUACAGUAUUCAGAGUUUACUUUACAAUCAAUUGAUGCAAUCUUGAACCAAAAUGUCAAUGGCUUGUAUUUGCAGAGAACACAAAUCAUUGAACAAACUUCUUAUAUCAUGGACCAUUUUGCAAAAUCUUUGUCAGAGUAUUUGAACCUAUCUGCUCAAAGCUCAAUCUGGACUUUUGAAAAUACAUUGCAAACCUCUCUAGAAAACCUAGAAACAAAAAUCAACCAAACAACGGAAUCAUUGGCCGUGAUGAAUGCAACUUUGUAUGCAUGUACAUCCUUUGUUUGCGCUUUAGGUUGUGAAUCGCGUUUCCCCAAUAUGUCUCUUGUUUACCAAUGGUCCUUUGAUGAUUCGGUGACUGGUUAUAUUGCCAAAACAUACGAGAAUGUGUUUCGAUAUGACCAAAGUAAAUCAACAAAACCCAAAAAAACAAUCAUUGUUUCCCUAAGAGGAACACAGUCAGUAUUUGACUCCUUUGCCGAUAUGAAAGUUGAUAUGACAAACUACAACAACUUGGGCUUACACUUGACAUUAUGUGGAGAACGUUGUAAAGUACAUCGGGGCUUUUAUGAGUAUUUCAAAACUACUCAAAACCUUAUCCAUCAGUAUAUCGAAGAGGAAAUGCACAGUUCAAAGCAAGGGUUAGAAGAUUAUGAGUUGAUCAUUUUGGGUCAUUCAUUAGGUGGGAGUGUUGCGUUACUUUUAGGUUUAUUCUACCUUGACUUGGGCUAUGACAAAUUAACUUUGGUAACAAUGGGACAGCCCUUGCUUGGCAACUAUGAAUUUGUAAAAUGGACAGAUUAUGUUCUAGGCAGUCAAUACCGACCCCGUCAUAACAGUUUUGAGAGGAAAUUUCUACGGGUAAUACAUAAAGAUGAUGUAAUAACAGUCAUUCCUAGGGGCCAUAGUCCUCUUUAUUCCUACCAUCAGUUUGACAAUCAAGUGUAUUUGAAUUGUAGCGAACGGAACACUCAUCCCACUUUGGAGGAAGUAUUGGACUGUUCUAGUGCGAGAGACGAAAACUGCAUUUUAAAAGACUUUCCAGAUCACCACACAGAGAACAAUUACGACUAUUUGCAAAUUCAUAUAACGUAUUUUAGAAGAAUGGGCCUCUGCGGUAUUGGUCGAUAUGAAUAA